AUGCAAGAUCGAAUCGACUCGCACGACAACGACGCCAUGGAGACUGCCGAGUCCAAAGAUCCAGACAAGGAUAUCACCACACUCGCACAAUCAAUCUCGCACGUCUCGCGCCAGAACAGUCUUAAUGUUGACACAUCCGGGGAGGGUGUCAAUACCUUCCUUUAUCCAACCAGAGACCCUGAGCUUGAUCCCAACAGUGACACGUUCAUAUCGCGCAAAUGGGUCAGGAACAUGCUGAAGAUGGUAUCUCAUGAUUUGGACCGUUACCCACGUCGCACAGUAGGGGUCUCGUUUCGCAACCUCAAUGUUUUCGGCCAUGGCACUGCAGCCGACUACCAGAUGAACUUUGCCAACACCUGGCUCAAGGCCGCCGACUGGCUCCGAGGUGUUUUGGGGAUGGAGAAAAAAGUACGCAUCGAUAUUCUGCGGGAAUUCGAAGGCAUCGUGCAUAGUGGAGAGAUGCUGGUUGUUCUGGGUCGCCCGGGCAGUGGAUGCUCUACCUUCCUCAAAACUCUCGCAGGAGAGACACAUGGGCUCUAUCUUGACAAGGACAAAAACACAGAAGUACAAUAUGACGGCAUCUCGUGGGACGACAUGCACGGCCGUUUCCGAGGCGAAGUGAUCUACCAAGCUGAAACGGAGAUCCACUUCCCACAGCUGACCGUCGGUAACACACUGCUGUUUGCUGCUCAGGCUCGAGCCCCAAGCAACCGUCUUCCCGGGGUUACACGCGAUCAGUACGCAAUGCACAUGCGCGACGUUGUGAUGGCGAUGCUUGGUCUGACGCAUACCAUGAAUACCCGAGUUGGUAAUGAGUUUAUUCGCGGGGUCUCUGGGGGCGAGAGAAAGCGGGUUAGUAUUGCUGAGACUACUCUGUGUGGGUGUCCCUUGCAAUGCUGGGACAAUAGCACUCGAGGAUUGGAUAGCUCCACGGCACUCGAGUUUGUCAAGAACAUUCGCCUUUCCACAGACUACAGCGAGACCACUGCGAUCGUCGCCAUUUAUCAAGCCAGUCAAUCUAUCUACGAUCUUUUCGACAAAGCAAUUGUUCUCUAUGAAGGCCGUCAAAUUUAUUUCGGCAAUGCUCACGAUGCCCGGCGCUUCUUUAUCGAGAUGGGCUUUGACUGCCCGGACAGACAGACUACGGCAGACUUCCUCACUUCCCUGACUAGCCCAUCCGAGCGUCUUGUGAGACCAGGGUUUGAAGGCACUGUACCUCGCACACCUGAUGAGUUUGCAGCUCGCUGGAAGGCUAGUGCUGAGCGGAAACAGCUGCUAGCUGAAAUUGAUGCAAGCCAAAACAACCACCAGGCUGAAGGAGGAAAGUUCAAAGAGUUUAGUGUAUCUCGUGCUGCAGAGAAGCAGAAAGGUACCCGUGCAGCCUCGCCGUACACUUUGUCAUAUCUCAUGCAGAUUCGCCUUUGUCUUUGGCGGGGAUUCCUACGCCUGCGGGGAGAUCUCAGCAUGACACUUGCCUCUGUGAUUGGCAAUAUUGCUAUGAGUCUGAUCAUUGCCAGUCUCUUCUACAAUUUAGAGGCCGACACGGACAGCUUCUUUCGACGUGGCUCUCUGCUCUUCUUUGCAAUUCUCAUGAAUGCAUUCUCUAGCUCUCUUGAAAUUCUGAUUAUGUGGCAUCAACGGCCCAUCGUGGAAAAGCAUGACAAGUAUGCUUUGUAUCACCCUUCAGCAGAAGCUAUCAGUUCUUACAUCGUGGAAAUGCCCUCAAAGGUCCUGCUUGCAAUUGUGUUCAAUUUGAUCAUCUACUUCAUACCUCACCUUCGUCGAACCCCAGGUCAUUUUUUCAUCUUCUUCCUGUUUUCGUUUACCACGACCCUGGUCAUGUCGAAUCUCUUCCGGUUCAUCGGUGCAAUCUCGAGGUCUAUGGCGCAAGCAAUGGUUCCUUCAUCGCUCUUUAUGAUGAUGUUGGUCAUUUACACUGGGUUUACCAUCCCAGUCAGAGAUAUGCAUCCUUGGUUCAGAUGGUUGAACUAUUUGAAUCCCAUUGCCUAUGCUUUCGAAUCCCUGAUGAUCAACGAGUUCAGCGGUCGACAUUUUUCUUGCUCUCAGUAUGUACCUGGUAUUUUACCUCUAUACAAUGAUGCACCGAUGAGCUCCAAAAUCUGUUCACAAAAGGGUGCAGUGGCAGGGCAGGAUUACAUUGAUGGAGAGGCCUACAUCAACACCACUUUUCGAUACUUCAAGUCACAUCUGUGGCGGAAUUAUGGUAUCCUCUGUGCAUUUUUUGUGUCUUUCUUAGUCAUGUACAUCAUUGCCAGUGAGCUUAUUCGCGCCAAACCAUCCAAGGGUGAGGUCCUGGUGUUUCCACGCGGUAAAAUCCCAGCCUUUGUUAGAAACCGAAAAGACGACCCGGAACGUGUCAUUGCGUCAGAGAAAAGUGCUGUUACGGCUGCUGAAAAUGAAGAUCAAACUGCAGCCAUCAUUCGUCAGACCUCCAUUUUCCACUGGGAAAAUGUCUGCUAUGACAUCAAAAUCAAAGGGACACCACGUCGCAUCUUGGACUGUGUGGAUGGCUGGGUAAAGCCAGGCACCCUAACAGCUCUUAUGGGCGUCACUGGAGCGGGGAAGACGUCUUUGCUUGAUGUGUUGGCAGACCGUGUUACUAUGGGAGUGAUAACUGGAGAUAUGCUUGUUGACGGCCGUCCUCGAGAUGAUUCGUUCCAGCGGAAGACGGGCUAUGUCCAACAGCAAGACCUACAUCUGGAGACAAGUACUGUCCGUGAAGCUUUGACUUUUAGCGCUCUUCUUCGCCAGCCCGCUAGUACCCCUCGCAGUGAAAAGAUUGCCUAUGUUGAGGAGGUCAUUCACAUGCUCGGCAUGGGGGAAUAUGCAGAGGCCAUUGUCGGAGUUCUCGGCGAGGGAUUGAACGUUGAACAACGCAAGCGAUUGACUAUUGGCGUGGAGCUUGCAGCCAAGCCAGCACUCCUGCUCUUUUUUGACGAGCCAACCUCGGGUUUGGAUAGUCAAACCGCAUGGUCAAUUUGUACCUUGAUGCGAAACCUCGCCAAUCAUGGUCAAGCUGUUUUGUGUACCAUCCAUCAACCUUCGGCUAUGCUCAUGCAGCAAUUUGACCGGCUGCUAUUCCUGGCAAAGGGAGGACGCACUGUUUAUUUCGGAGAACUCGGACUGCACAUGAGGACAUUGAUCGAAUAUUUCGAAAACAAGGGGUCAACCAAAUGUCCCCCGAACGCAAACCCGGCCGAGUGGAUGCUAGAAGUGAUUGGAGCUGCCCCAGGCUCUCACGCGGAUAGAGACUGGGCCGAUGAAUGGAACAGCAGCAGCGAGUGUGAGCAGGUCCGUCGAGACCUAGCUGCAAUGAAAGCAGAACUGUUGGAAAAGCCUGAGCCUCCACGAGUCGCGGGGUACGGACAGUUUGCGAUGCCAAUCUGGUAUCAGUUUGUGGUUUGCAUUCAACGAAUGUUUCAGCAGUACUGGAGGUCUCCGGGAUACCUUUACUCCAAAGCUGCGACAGCUAUCAUCCCUCCGCUUUUCAUCGGAUUCACCUUCUGGCAUAUGCCGACCAGUCUCCAAGGCUUGCAAAAUCAGAUGUUCGCCAUCUUCAUGCUCUUGAUCAUCUUCCCGAAUCUGGUACAGCAAAUGAUGCCCAGCUUUGCUACCCAGCGCGCGUUGUAUGAAGUACGAGAGCGGCCAUCCAAGACAUACUCGUGGCAGGCAUUCAUGAUGGCCAGUAUCUUCGUGGAACUGCCAUGGAAUAUCCUGAUGUCAGUGCCGGCAUUCUUCAGUUGGUAUUAUCCGAUCGGACUGUAUCACAACGCAGAACCGACCAAUGCAGUGACUGAGCGAAGCGGCGUGAUGUUCCUCCUCAUUCUAAUUUUCCUCAUGUUCACGUCGACGUUCAGUUCCAUGAUCAUUGCUGGCAUUGAGCAGCCCGAGACUGGUGGUAACGUUGCCCAGCUUUUGUUCUCGCUAUGCUUGAUCUUCAACGGUGUGCUUGCGAGCCCGUCCGAUAUGCCCCGCUUCUGGAUUUUCAUGUAUCGCAUCUCCCCUUUCACGUAUCUCGUGUCCACUGUACUCUCAACGGGGUUGACGGGGACAACCGUGGAAUGUUCAAACAUUGAGCUGCUCACCGUUUCACCCCCCGCAGGUCAAAACUGCUCCAGUUAUCUGGACCCAUACAUCAAUGCUCUCCGUGGUCGUCUAAUGAAUCCUGAAGCGUCAACAAAUUGCAAGAUCUGCUCCAUCUCAAGCACGGACCAGUUCCUCGAGAGUCUGAGUAUGUCGUACUCGGACCAUUGGCGUAAUAUCGGGGUGCUGUUUGCUUAUGUGGGGUUCAAUAUCGUGGCCGCAGUGUUCCUUUACUGGCUCUGCCGUGUGCCUAAGCACUGGUCGCGUAAGGUCAAGCAGGCCUGA